UGACAGUUUUUCGAUAAUAUAUUUAAUAUUUUGUGAUCACUUUGGAGUGUAUUCAACAUAAAUACAUGGAUUAGGUUUUUUUUUAAAUAAUCCAUCCUGUGUGUAAAUAUUACUGAAAUGAUACUUAUUUUGGAACUGCAAUAAUAGAUUUACAGGAAGGACCUGAUACAAUCAAACUUUAUAGAAAUGAUAAGAAAGUUUAUUCAAUGUUUCUCGUUUGGGAAACUGCAGUAUCGAAAUCUAUCUACAUUUGAAGAUUUGUGCGAGAAGUAUUUCAGUUAUGGCCAAAUUUGUUGAUGACAAUUACUGGGUAAAUCGUGCUCACGAAGAAGCUGUGGAAAACAGGAAAUUAAAGUACCAACAAGGAAAGGGGCCAUGUGUGAUGUUUGCUUUAGAUACGUCAGGAAGUAUGGCCGGAGAAGCUUUCCAGCAAAUGAAGACGGUUUUUAUUGACAUCAUAGAAGAGUAUGCAAAGGGACCCAUGGAUGAAACAGUGGCUGUUGUAACCUUUGGAGAGGAGGUUAGAUUUCGUCAUUAUUACUCCAACAACUACCAGUCACUGAAAAGAUGUCUGGAUGAUAUAGAAUGCCAGGGAGCUUCUCCCAUUCAGGCUGCCAUCACUCUCUCUCUCUCUGGAUUGCUCUUUGGCGGAGGAUAUACAACAAGGAUUGGCACAUUCCAAGUCGAGGCUAAGCUUGUGCUUAUCACUGAUGGGAAGCCCACAACUUCAAACAUGAUAGGAGGAAAGGAGGACGAAGAUUUCAUGGACCCAGUAGAGAAACUAAUUUCAGACAAGGAAAUCUUUAAUGAACCUUACUGGAGAUAUCGGACGAGGCAUUUCUUUAAAUUGCAUCCCCGUAGGAAAGGAUCCCGAUUUUUGUCUUUUGGGAUCGAUUGCGUAUGAGGAAAACUAAUACAACCCCAACAAGCCAGACAGUAUGGAAGAUACCAUCUUAACAUG